AUGGAUUCGAUAACAUCACAUGAGAAUGAUUUACCAGACAAUGUUAUAGACGACGACAGUGGCCCCCUUUUGGACAAGGGCAAUCACCAAAGACUAGGUCGCCUUCACUGUUGGGCAAUACCAUGGCUCCUGACUUCGCAAAUACUGGUCUUCCUCCUCUCAUUCUAUAUGCUAAUAUCAGGCUUGAGAUUGCGCCAGAGUUACCCUACGGACCAGCAAUGUGCAGCCCAGCUAUCAGCCUAUUCACCCUUCAUAGACCUUGUGGAAUAUGAUAAUGUCCGGUUUCAAGGAAGCUUGUUCGACACAAAUCCAUAUAAGGGAGCUCCCAACCCACGCUUGGACGAUGAAUGGAAACGCAUUACUCAUAUGGCCCAGCUCAAGAUCGCAAAAGAAGAUAUGCCACAUUUAAAGAAACCAUUAUCUCAAGUCAAGGUGCUCGAGGCCGAGGGAGAUGGUUAUGCGGGUGGUAUAGAAGUCUUUCAUCAGCUCCACUGCGUCAAUCUAGUCCGACAGUACACAUAUUAUGGCUAUUAUUCAAAGUUGGAUAAUAAGCCGGUAGAGUUCUCUGACUCAAACGAAACUCUUCGGCUCCAUGUUGAUCACUGUAUUGAUAUGUUGAGGCAAGUGAUACAAUGCAACGGCGAUGUUGGCGUCGUGACAAGGAGCUGGGUAAAGGGUCGCCAAAUCAACUACCCAGAUUUCAGUGUAUGGCAUAAGUGCCGAAGGCUAGAGCCUAUAAUGGAGUAUGCAAAGGCGAACGAAAUAGAGAGUGAGCCUGUAAGAAGUCCGGAUGCUCUUGAGCUUUCUCAGCCACCAUGCACAAAUGCACCGCCGGAUGAAAUUUGCCCUUAAGGCCAGAACGGAGAAUGUAUAACAGACGACAGUCUC